AUGGCGGCCGAGGUGCGCGUUUCGCGCUGGUACUUCGGGGGCCUGGCCUCGUGUGGGGCAGCCUGCUGCACGCACCCGCUGGACCUGCUCAAGGUGCACCUGCAGACGCAGCAGGAGGUGAAGCUGCGCAUGACCGGCAUGGCGCUGCAGGUGGUGCGCUCCGACGGCAUCCUGGCGCUCUACAACGGCCUGAGCGCCUCCCUGUGCAGACAGAUGACCUACUCCCUGACCCGAUUCGCCAUCUACGAGACCGUGCGUGACCAGGUGGCCCAGGGCAGCCAGGGGCCCCUGCCCUUCUACAAGAAGGUGUUGCUGGGUUCCCUCAGUGGUUGCAUCGGAGGUCUCGUGGGGACUCCCGCUGACAUGGUCAACGUCAGGAUGCAGAACGACAUGAAGCUGCCCCAGGAUCAGCGCCGAAACUACGCGCACGCCCUGGACGGCCUGUACCGUGUGGCCCGAGAAGAGGGUCUGAAGAAGCUGUUCUCGGGUGCGACCAUGGCGUCUAGUCGAGGGAUGUUGGUGACCGUGGGCCAGCUGUCCUGCUAUGACCAGGCCAAGCAGCUCGUCCUCAGCAUGGGGUACCUGUCUGACGGCAUCGUCACUCACUUCAUCGCCAGCUUCAUCGCAGGUGGGUGUGCCACGUUUCUGUGCCAGCCGCUGGACGUGCUGAAGACCCGUCUGAUGAACUCCAAGGGCGAGUAUCAGGGCGUUCUCCACUGCACCAUGGAGACUGCGAAACUCGGGCCAAUGGCCUUUUACAAGGGCCUCUUGCCCGCCGGCAUCCGCCUCAUGCCCCACACCGUGCUCACGUUCGUGUUUCUGGAACAGCUUCGCAAACACUUUGGCAUCAAAGUGCCGUCCUGAUGGGGCCGUGGGAGCGAGCUGGGCCGUGCUGGCCCCCAGUGCCAGUUCUUCCACAGUCCCGGCAAGCCAAGCGCUGCCCUAAGCCCAGCACCUGCCCGCAGGGCUCCAGCCCCCCAUUCCUGGCCCAGGACGCCCACCCCGUCCUCCCCCACCUGCCUGGGCUGGAGCUCCUUCCAGGAGCUGUCCCCCCAGCACCCCUCCGCUGUAGCUUCGCCUUGGCCCUCCCUACCUGGCACCCCAGUGGCCCCAUCCACGCACCUGUGCCUCACUGGGAGGGGCGGGCUCCAAGUGCAGGUUCAGGCUUCUCCCCUCCCCGAGCAGUCAGCCCUGGCGGGGGAGGGGCAGGCUCCAGGCUUUCUGGGGUCCCCCGCCCCUUCGCCUGAGGCGUUUCUUUCACCGAGCAGCUGCCCAGGGCUCACAGCACCGUCUUCCAGCAGCUUCUUUCAAGGACCUGGGAGGCAGAGCGGGGGGAGUGCAGACCCCCAGCAUUGCCCACCAAAGCGUGUGCCUGCACGCGCACUUUAUCCUAGGAAAGGGACCAUAGCUUUCGUGACGUUCUCGAAGGUAGCUGUGCCCCUGCGCUGCUGGGCAGGUGGCGGAGGAGGCAGGGAACGCAGGGUCUGAGCUGUGGGCCCCUCAGGCCCGUCCCGCCCCAGCCAACCCCCUGUUGCUCUAAGGGUUAGUUUCACCAAAAACCUCAGCGCCAGAGGCGCUGCUGUCUGCAGGGAGCGGAGUGUCUCUCACACCGUCCACGCUGUCCCCUCCGGCCCCCGGGGCAGAGGCGGGCUGUGCCGCGUCCUCGGGGCCCCUCUCUCUGUGGACAGCGAUCACCCUUCAGGGCCCCCAGCAGCUGACCAGCCAAAACACCGCCGCCCAGGUUCUGCUGCCAGAGCAGCCUGACCCUGCAAAUGGGCCUAGGGACUGUGUCUUCACCCCGGUAGGGGGCCGGCCCACAGGGACACUAAUAAAGGACAGGAGCUGCUGUGCGUCUA